CGAAUUCCAGUUUCUACUUACUGUUCGCAGAUAUUUUGAACUUGUGGCGCGACUCUACACACGAUAAAGGGCACGAUGCAGCUGGAAUACCAUGUGGUAAGAACAAGAACAGGAAUGAUCGAAGUUAAAGUGUGCCUUGGCGCGGCAUUGGCAAACAAAUACGUCCACCUGUGAGGUCCACCUCCAGGACUGGUCUUGGUCUUGCUGGGUUCUCCCCUCUUGCCACCGUCUUCACUCUUUUACUAUCCUGUCGCUCCUUCCAAUAUGUUCUUGGGUUACCUGCUGGUCCUUUUGGGCCUCAAUCUGUCUUCAUUCGCUCUCAAAUUUCCCAUACAAUCUCAUGUUCGACGAACUCCUCUUUCUCGACGAAGCGGGGCAGGGAAUUACCAUUUGAAUACGUCCCUGGCUGCUGUUGUGAGUAAUGAUAAUGGUUUGGACCUCAGCACCGUUCACGAUCUGAUUUAUAUGGCAAAUGUAACCGCUGGAAAUAUUACAUACGUCGUUCAACUGGACACAGGGUCCUCUGACCUGUGGCUUAAAGCUGAUAUUCCACCGUUACAGAAUUCUGAGCAAACAGGAUACACAGCAAAUAUCACGUACGGCAUUGGUUGGGUGAACGGUACCAUAUCGCAUAUUCCAAUUGAGUUCGCGGGGAUAUCCGUAGAGUCACAAGCGUAUUUGGACACUACUUCUGCUCAGAAUCCAGCAUUAGGUUACGGCGCAAAAGGCAUCUUGGGUCUGGGCUUCACAUCUCUGUCUAAUAUCGACUCGAUAUUGAGCAAUACAGGCUCAUCACAGGGAAGAAGUCUAUUGUAUAAUCUCUUUGCACAGAACCCUUCAGAGCCAAACUUCAUUGCAUUUUCGUUUCAACGAAGUACUAGUGCUAAUGAUGAUGUUAAUGGCACCUUUAACAUCGGCGAGUACGAAGAGGCGUACUCUAACGUCUCUGAAACAGAUGCCAUUUCCACUUGGCCAGUCAGCUCCCCCAAACGAUGGAGUGUUCUCGUGGAGGCGCUAUUAGUGGGUAAUCAAACCAUACUGCCGUCUUCCUCAACUGGAGGCGCUCCCAGUAACAAAGCUGUGGUAGUCCUGGACACGGGAACGUCCUAUUCUUAUACCAACACUGAAGUCGCCAAAGCCAUCUACGGCGGUAUCAGCGGGUCAUACUAUGACUCUACCUUGGCUCAAUGGUCGGUGCCCUGUAACGCUGAGAUCGACAUGGCCAUCCAAAUUGCAGGAAAGGUUUAUCCUCUGCAUCCCUUAGAUGUCGCUCCCACUGUUGUUGGAGACAACUCCACAUGUGUUGGCUCUUUUCUUCCGGAAAACCUCGGAGUAGGUACAGGCCAAUUUGACUGGCUGUUCGGGGCCAAUGUCCUUCGGUCGAUGUAUUCUGUGUACGACUUUGGUGACUUUGACUCGGACGGCAACAUAGGGAAUCCCUACGUCAAACUUCUGUCACUCACGGAUCCCGAUGAAGCGUCAGCAGAAUUUUGUCAAGCUAGAGGGUGCACGGCCUUGACUGGCAUCACCUAUAAUGCCUCUAAUAAUACCGAGGACUCUGGCUCGACCGUUAUCGCUGUUACCAGGGAUGUUGCCAAUACCCUGGAAAAGUUCAGCACGUGGUUCCCCGCCAUGCUAGGUAUCAUGGCUCUUAAUGCCUUGGUCAUACUGGCUUUGCUUAUCUUCGGUAUUGUCUACCUGUGUAAAAGAAAGCGCAGACCCUCUGCUAGAAUGCCCAUGGGCAGGCUGAGUCCUAUGCCGAUGAAUCCCAGGAAUAGCUAUGUUGCAGGUUCUCCCCAUGGUCCUCACACAUACGAACCUGUAUCAAUGGCGAUUACCGACGAUACCGUUUUUGGUCCACCGUCUCCCGCAUUCCAUAAAUUCGAGGGCAGCACUUUGCGUCCCGGUGAUAGACCAAAGAGUCUCGCAACCCUACCAUCCAGAUCAUACGACGAUGAUGGAGAAGAUGUUCUCACACCGCCUUCUCCUGGUUUCCGACAAUUUGAUACCAGGCCUAAAAGUGUCGGAAUACUCCCUUCACAAUCUAAUACAUACCAACAAAUUGGAGAGGAUCAACCUUUCGUGGUUCCUCCAUCGGCGCAAUCUCAAGAGUUCUAUGCCAAGAUGUCUCCAGCACCCUCACGAUCCAUUCAUUCAACGCACUCCCCUGAAAACAUUGGAUCCCCCAGAUCCCCAUCCACCAGUUCGUUCCAUCAAUCAGUACAUGAUGUCCAAUCCCCGUCACCACCUCGGUCUUUCCAUCAGUCGUAUGCUGAGGACUCCAACCCACCGCUUUCCCCUUCACGGUCUUUACAUCAAACCAGUGCUCACGACCAACUUUCUGACGUGAGGUCCUCAUCGAUAAUUCAACUGUCGCAGCCGCAGUCCCGGCGAGGGAGCACGAGGCCCCCGCCGGUCAAUGUCUUCGAGCCUCAUAUGUUCCAAUCGACUCCUGAGGACCAGGAUUUUGUGCCGCCCUCUCCUGGGUUCCGCGCAUCGGAGAAUCGACCAAGGAGUGUUGGUCAACUCCCGUCUCAAACGAAUCCUUAUAAACCAAUGGGGAAUAAUUCUCCUCUCACACCCCCCUCACCCGUGUUUCGUAGGGAAGGUAGUUCUUUGAAUCCUAGCAAUGCAUCAGGCGAUCGGCCGAUGAGCAUUGCUUGACGUGCUUAAUUUUGGAUAUUAUGUUGUGUUGCUGUUGUAUCUUUCGGGGAAUUUUCAGGACAAGUUUUAUUACAAUGGACCCAUGAUCUUAUAUCUAUUAACGCGCAAUGCAUCUGCUCCUGAUAUAUAUAAUCUACAGAUCAAUAUCUCUCGUACGCAAUGUCCUCUGUUGCAGCCA